UUUGUUGACAGCGGAGGCGGGCGGCGGCUGCAGGCUCCCAGCCGGAGGAGCCGGAUCGGGGGAGGGGCCGGGCCCCGGAGCCAGCACCCGGCGGCCUGCAGCCCUAAGGGCAAGACCCCGUCCCUUAGCCUGACGACAUCCCCCGCCGGCCCGGGCCGCAUCCUCCGCUCCUCGGCGGCCGCCAGGCUGUGGCUCUGCCAAUGACCCUGUGAGUGCUGAGGAGUGACUGUUGUCCCUGGAGGCCCCUGUCCUGGAGUGGCCCACCUUCCUGCCCCCAGCAUGGCGUCCGACACUCCCGAGUCCCUGACGGCCCUCUGCACCGACUUCUGCCUGCGCAACCUGGACGGCACCUUGGGCUACCUACUGGAUAAGGGGUCUCCGAGGCUGCAUCCAGACAUCUUCCUGCCCAGCGAGAUCUGUGACCGGCUCGUCAACGAGUACGUGGAACUGGUCAACGCUGCCUGCAACUUUGAGCCACACGAGAGCUUCUUCAGCCUCUUCUCAGAUCCUCGUAGCACCCGCCUCACCCGCAUCCACCUCCGCGAGGACCUGGUGCAAGACCAGGACCUGGAAGCCAUUCGCAAGCAGGACCUGGUGGAGCUGAACCUGACCAACUGCGAGAAGCUGUCGGCCAAGAGCCUGCAGACACUGCGGAGCUUUAGCCACACCCUGGUGUCCUUGAGCCUCUUCGGCUGCGCCAACAUUUUCUAUGAGGAGGAGAACCCCGGGGGCUGUGAGGACGAGUGCCUCGUCAACCCCACCUGCCAGGUGCUGGUUAAGGACUUCACCUUCGAGGGCUUUAGCCGCCUUCGCUUCCUCAACUUGGGCCGCAUGAUUGAUGGGGUCCCCGUGGAGUCCCUGCUGCGGCCGCUCAGUGCGCUGGCUGCCUUGGACCUCUCAGGCAUUCAGACCAGCGACGCGGCCUUCCUGACCCUGAAAGAUAGCCUGGUGUCCCUUGUGCUCUACAACAUGGACCUGUCGGACGACCACAUUCGUGUCAUCGUCCAGCUGCAUAAGCUGCGACACUUGGACAUCUCCCGAGACCGCCUCUCCAGCUACUACAAGUUCAAGCUGACUCGCAAGGUGCUGAGCCUCUUCGUGCAGAAGCUGGGGAACCUCAUGUCCCUGGACAUCUCUGGGCACAUGAUCCUGGAGAACUGCAGCAUCUCCAAGAUGGACGAGGAGGCAGGGCAGACCAGCACCGAGCCCUCCAAGAGCAGCAUCAUGCCUUUCCGGGCUCUGAAGAGGCCGCUGCAGUUCCUGGGGCUCUUCGAGACCUCCCUGUGCCGCCUCACGCACAUUCCGGCCUACAAGGUGAGUGGCGACAAGAACGAGGAGCAGGUGCUGAACGCCAUCGAGGCCUACACGGAGCACAGGCCCGAGAUCACCUCCCGGGCCAUCAACUUGCUUUUUGACAUCGCGCGCAUCGAGCGUUGCAACCAGCUCCUGCGGGCUCUGAAGCUGGUCAUCACAGCCCUCAAGUGCCACAAGUACGACAAGAAUAUCCAAGUGACAGGCAGCGCCGCCCUCUUCUACCUGACCAACUCCGAGUACCGCUCCGAGCAGAGCGUCAAGCUGCGCCGCCAGGUCAUCCAGGUGGUGCUCAAUGGCAUGGAAUCCUACCAGGAGGUGACGGUCCAGCGGAACUGCUGCCUGACCCUCUGCAACUUCAGCAUCCCCGAGGAGCUGGAAUUCCAGUACCGCCGGGUCAACGAGCUCCUGCUCAGCAUCCUCAACCCCACUCGGCAGGACGAGUCGAUCCAGCGCAUCGCUGUGCACCUGUGCAACGCCCUGGUCUGCCAGGUGGACAAUGACCACAAGGAGGCCGUGGGCAAGAUGGGCUUCGUGGUGACCAUGCUGAAGCUCAUUCAGAAGAAGCUGCUAGACAAGAUAUGUGACCAGGUCAUGGAGUUCUCGUGGAGCGCGCUCUGGAACAUCACGGACGAGACGCCCGACAACUGCGAGAUGUUCCUCAACUACAGCGGCAUGAAGCUCUUCCUGGACUGCCUGAAGGAAUUCCCCGAGAAGCAGGAACUCCAUCGGAACAUGCUGGGGCUCUUGGGAAAUGUGGCAGAGGUGAGGGAGCUGCGGCCCCAGCUAAUGACUUCCCAGUUCAUCAGUGUCUUCAGCAACCUGCUGGAGAGCAAGGCCGAUGGGAUUGAGGUUUCCUACAAUGCCUGCGGCGUCCUGUCCCACAUCAUGUUUGAUGGGCCCGAGGCCUGGGGCAUCUGCGAACCCCAGCGGGAGGAGGUGGAGGAGCGCAUGUGGGCGGCCAUCCAGAGCUGGGACAUCAACUCCCGGAGAAAUAUCAAUUACAGGUCGUUUGAGCCGAUUCUUCGCCUCCUUCCCCAGGGCAUUUCCCCCGUCAGCCAGCAUUGGGCCACCUGGGCCCUGUACAACCUUGUGUCUGUCUACCCGGAUAAGUACUGCCCCCUGCUGAUCAAAGAAGGUGGGAUGCCCCUUCUGAAGGGACAUGAUAAAAGAUGGCCACGGCGCGGCAGGAAACCCAAAGAGAUGGCCCGAAAGGUGAUCGAGCACUGCGGUAACUUUAAGGAGGAGAACAUGGACACGUCCAGAUAGAGGCCUUGUCCCAUGGCCGCCACUGCUCUGGACACAGGCCGGCAGGCAGCACUCAACAGCCCAGCCGGCAGACCCCACCGGGAGCCUCCCACUGGAUGAAGGGACACGAGGACUUUUGCACAACUGACGCUUUUCCUUAACAUUAGUGAGAUAUAUAUAUUAUAUAUAUAUUAUUUUUUUUUGUUAGGAAGUGUGAAGUUUUGUGUAUAUGAUUUCUGUACAAAAACAAAAGAAAUACUCCCUGAGUCCUUGCAGCUUCCUUGGCCAUUCUCAAGCCCUAACUCAGCCUUCAUUGCUGCCACACUCCACCUCCCCCCAACUAAAUGCCUCGAACAUUGCGAGUGUCCGGUCCUUCCCCAGUAAUCUCAGACCCUGGCCUGGCUUCCUCUUAGGAGAGGCAGCAGGCUUUUAACAGCCCACUCCAGCACUAGCCCACCCAGCAGAGCCUGAGAACCGCGCCUGGGUUCCUGAGGGCAGCUGAUGGAGUUUAGGGAUUAAAACCCACCCCACUGAGUCUCCUGAAUGCCUUGGUGCUCCCAGCUGUGGGCCAUCUGGGGCAAAGAAGUGAGCUGUCUCUAGGCCUACGCCCAGGCAGCCCCGGCCCCAGAGGCCCCUCCAGGAGCGGGGCUCCCAGUGGCCCUGCUGCUCUCUGGCCAGGCCUGCCUGAGGCCAAGCUGCUACGGAGGCUGCUUGUCUCCCACCAGGUCCCAGGCAGUUGAAGGCCCCAGUCCAGGGCUGGUCCACUGCCCACUCUGCCAAACAUAUCCAGAACCUGCCCCCCGGCCUGGGAGCCAGCACCUUCUGGGACCUGGGGCUUGUUACUCUCUGGCCCUUCAUCUGCCCACAGCACCCAAGGUGCCCAGGCACCCCACCAGCAGAACUGAGCCUGCCUCAUUCGCCCUGCCUGCCCACUGCGCACAGGACCCCACUCCUCAGGCAGGCGCUCCCCCCCGCAGCGGCAGGCAGACGCCUCCGGACCAGCACGGGGAGACCCUCCUGUGCUGCCCGGCGGCUUUACCUUGGAAAACUCUGAGCUGAGUUCCAGAGAAGUGUGAGCCCCAAAUGUAUCCGAGUAUCGUGCUCCCCCAGCGUAACUCCGAACUGCUGCUCUCGUGGGGUGGGGUGAGGAGGCCCCUCCAGAACCAGGGGCCUGGAGCGGGGCUGACUGCAGGCAGUCCUGGGGCGUGGCUUUUCUUCCCUCCUCCUUGCCCGGGCCUGUUGCUGGAUUCUCCUAGCACUUCUGCGAGGAGCAGCCCUGCCGAGAGGCACCUGGCCUUUUCCUCCUGGAGUCUUUCCCUCCCAGCCCUGGGGCGGGGCAGCUGCCCUGCGUUCCCAGCUCGCCCUCCCUUCCAUGCCCAGGUGGCCUGAGCCAGCCCCCUGGGCAGAGCUCACAUUGCAUUGCUUUGCCACCUGGGUCCUGGGUAAAUGUCUGUACUUUGGGGUGUCACAGAAAUACAUUUUUGUGAAAAGUG